GUGUCCGUCACUGAAAAGUCAAUCAAUUUCAUUAGAAUUCGUUUUGUUGGAACUGAUGUAUGAAAAAGUUAUUAUUGUGAAUACUUAGGAUAAAUAGAAGAAUAUUAAAAUUAAAAAAUGCCGGCGACCGUGGCGGGUAAGCCGGUUAACGGCCCUAAUAAAGGGUUAUUCCAAAAUACGGCCGGCUUCAGUACGUUGAUUACGGUCACAGUUCUGACACUAGCUUGGUUGGCCGGUUUUGCAUCUCGACUAUUUGCUGUAAUACGUUUUGAAAGUAUAAUUCAUGAGUUUGAUCCUUGGUUUAACUAUAGAUCCACCGCGUACAUGGUGCAACAUGGUUUUUACAACUUUCUUAACUGGUUUGAUGAGCGCGCGUGGUAUCCUCUUGGUCGUAUUGUUGGCGGAACAGUAUAUCCUGGCCUCAUGAUAACCUCAGGCACCAUACAUUGGAUAUUGCACACCUUGAAUAUACCAAUUCAUAUAAGAGACAUUUGUGUCUUUCUUGCACCCGUAUUCAGUGGUUUGACGGCCAUAGCUACUUAUCUGUUAACUUCAGAGCUAUGGUCAAGGGGAGCUGGUUUAUUUGCGGCUUGCUUCAUAGCUAUAGUGCCAGGCUACAGUAGUAGGUCAGUAGCUGGCAGCUAUGACAAUGAGGGCAUUGCUAUCUUUGCUCUACAGUUUACAUAUUAUCUCUGGUUGAAAAGUAUAAAAAGUGGAUCAGUCUUUUGGUCAAUAUGUACUGCACUCUCCUAUUUCUAUAUGGUAUCAGCAUGGGGUGGAUAUGUGUUCAUAAUAAACUUGAUACCUCUACAUGUGUUUGUUCUGCUUAUUAUGGGCAGAUUCUCACAAAGGUUGUUUGUGAGUUACACUGUAUUCUAUAUCAUAGGAUUGUUGCUGUCUAUGCAGAUACCAUUUGUAGGUUUCCAGCCUAUACGAACCAGUGAACACAUGGCUGCAUCAGGUGUGUUUGCAUUAUUAAUGGCUAUUGGUGCCAUGAAGUAUUUACACAGUCUCAAUCCCAAGGGUCAGUGGAAACAGCUUUUAAUUGUAGGAGGAUUGGUAGCAGCUGCUUUAGUUUUCAUCAUGGUUGUUUUCUUAACUUAUAUGGGUGUUAUUGCACCAUGGAGUGGUCGGUUUUAUUCCCUAUGGGAUACAGGCUAUGCCAAGAUCCACAUUCCUAUCAUAGCAUCAGUGUCAGAACAUCAGCCGACAACCUGGUCAUCAUUCUUCUUUGACCUUCAUGUUCUUGUAUGCACAUUCCCAGUAGGAUUGUGGUAUUGCAUCAAGAAUGUUAAUGACGAAAGAGUUUUUGUGGCUCUGUAUGCCAUAAGUGCGGUAUAUUUCGCGGGCGUGAUGGUGCGACUGAUGUUGACGUUAACACCAGUUGUGUGCAUCCUGGCUGGUAUAGCAUUCUCCAUACUCCUCGACCUCGUCUUGAAGGAAGACGAAAUCAUCAUGACACCAUCUGAGCCAGAAGAAUCUAGAAAUCUUUAUGACAAGGCAGGCAAGGUAAAGAAGCGUACCCACGAGCCCCCACCGCCCGCUGACGCGGUGCUCGGUAUGAAUGUGCGCUCCGGUACACUUAUCGCCUUCAUGAUCCUGCUGAUGCUGUUCUCUGUCCACUGCACCUGGGCUACAUCAAAUGCGUAUUCCAGUCCUAGUAUCGUAUUGGCCAGCUAUGGAAAUGACGGAUCUCGAAAAAUUUUAGACGACUUCCGAGAGGCGUAUGGUUGGCUGUCACAGAACACGGCAGAAGAUGCGAGAAUUAUGUCAUGGUGGGAUUAUGGUUAUCAGAUAGCUGGUAUGGGAAAUAGAACAACUUUAGUGGAUAAUAAUACAUGGAACAAUUCUCACAUUGCACUGGUCGGUAAAGCAAUGGCCAGUAAUGAAAGCGCAGCGUAUGAGAUAAUGUCGAUGUUAGACGUGGACUAUGUGCUGGUGAUCUUCGGCGGUGCUAUUGGUUACUCCGGUGAUGAUAUAAAUAAGUUUAUAUGGAUGGUGCGCAUCGCUGAAGGCGAACAUCCUAGAGAUAUACAUGAAGCGGAUUACUUCACGGAGCGCGGAGAAUAUCGGAUAGAUUCGGAAGCAUCGAAAACUAUGUUGAAUUGUUUAAUGUACAAAUUAUCGUAUUAUCGAUACGACAGCGGCGGUAGUCCGCCAGGGUAUGACCGCACUCGUGGCUCUCUGCCCGGCAACCGCGGCUUCAAGCUCACCUAUCUGGAGGAGGCCUACACCUCCGAGCACUGGCUCGUUAGGAUAUACAGGGUAAAGAAGCCGGACGAGUUCAAUAGGCCGCGUAUACCUCUUGCUAAGAGAACAAUUCCUACCUCUAAUGCAGUCUCUAAAAAGUUUUCGUCAGACCUAGGAUCAGGGGUACAGUAUAACAUAACUUCAAAACGAAGAAAAGGUCUGCUAAAGAACAAGCCGACGAUAGUGAAGGGGAAGAAAGUUGGUCGAUUGGAGUGACGUCAUCGCAAACACGCCACAGCCUAGUUAAAGUCAGCAUAUCAGUGGUAAAUCUGCAAUACUCUUAAAUCAUUUAACAACAACAAAUUCGAUA